AUGCCUAAAAACAUAGCUCAACAAAUUAUAUUAACAAACCCAAUACCGAAUAAUGAAGAAGAUUUCUUCAGAAGAGCUGAUACUCUAUUUAGAGCAACAAGAGUAAUAAUGGAUAUAAUAGAAAAAUCCAAAAGUGAAAAAACAAAUCACUAUUCCCAAAGAACCCAAAAAAUAAAUAAC